CGUUUUGGAAGAUUGCUCGUCGGAAGUGGCCAUGGGAGCGAUGCCGAGGUGACAUGCAAGGUGGCUCCGUGGAAUGCCGCCUGGACAGCGCAAACGACCUGGCAACUCUCUUGCUCGCACUGACGCUGCGGGAAAAGGACCAGAAAGACCAGCGAGUGAUUUGCGAGGGUGCAGCUGGGCUGCAUUUCCUGCCGACGGGCGCCUGGCUUCCGACGCUGCUUGAAGUCCGCGCUGCCAAAAAGGCCAGUCAGAACGGAUUGAAGUUCACCGCGCAGAGUGCUGGGAAGGAUGUGGCGGUGCAGGGCUGGAUCUUCAAGGAUGCCUUUGCCGAGUACAAGUUUGACGGUGCAGGCCAUGAGCACCUGCACAUGAAGCUGCCCGUCGCCCCUCUGCUCAGCUGCCUUACCAUUUUCUCCGAGCGAGCGGCCUUGACCAUGAGGCGCCUGCAGACAUGCUAUGCGGACACCAAGUUCAGGAAGCACGGCCAUGGCACUGUGGGAGCAGAACCCUGACUCACUGACUUACUAUUAUUCGCGCAAGCUGGAUGUUGGUCAAAAUGUUGGAAAUGCUAAGCUUCAGUCGGGUCACCUUUUUCAGACGUUCCAUUUGCAUCCUUCCCCGCCGU